AGUCAUGAUAUAUAAACUCAGAUUUUCUGUCUGAAGACACAGAGCUGCAAACUUCCAUCAACAAAGAAAGUUUAUACUCUACUUGGAACAACGUUCGAACCAAACCGUUGACAUGAAGUUUGGGUUGCUGGUGGUAUUGGCGGUGGCCGUUCUGGUGCCCAGCCUGUCCGAGGGCCGGACCGUCUCCAAAUGUGAGCUGAAAGAAAAGCUCGAGCAGGCGAUCACGCUGCCCACACAGCUUCAACAGUUCAAGGAGGAAUACCUGGCAAUAGUUAUCUGUGAGGCGAACAGCCGGUCCCGUCUGAACACCAACCUGGUCAAGGUGUUAGGCAAACGCACAACUACAACCACAGCCACGCCAACAACUACCCAACCAACUACAACCCAACCAAUCCUAACAGAUGCCUCAACCCUAGUCAUAAACAGAAGAAAGCGUGACGUGACCGGCGAGGAGUCUGACUCGGCAGAGAUGGACCACAGUGAAGAGCGAUUCAUUAAGAAGAGCAGCAGUUUGUCUCUCGGCCUUUACGGGAUCUUCAAGAUGUCUGAAGAGACUGUCGGCGAGGAGAGCAGCAAGGAGAGCAGCAUAUCCGAUGAGGAUGAAGACAGUGAUGAGAAGGAUGAAGACGAGACUGAGGAAGGUGGGAAACGUAAGAAGCGAUCCAUCGAGGACCAAUCCAGUGAGGAGACCAAGCAGUCGUCUCUCGGCCUUUACGGGAUCUUCCAGCUGUCUGACGAGACCUUCUGUAACUCUGGUUAUCGCUCCUCCAAAAACAAGUGCAACACAACCUGUGAUGCCUUCACUGAUGACAACAUUAUGGAUGACAUUGAUUGCUUUGUGAAGACUGAUCAGUGGAGGUUGUUUUUGAAGUCCGCCUCUCAUCUGUGCCAAAUUGGCACCAAGAACUACUUUGACGAGUGUAAAUGAGCAGCUGACAUGUUUUCCACCUGCUGCUGAAGAUCACAGCAACAAUCAUUUCUUCUACCUUCAACGUGACCUUUGAUCCUCAUGGUUUCAUCUCAAACAUUGUGGAGCAUGUCACAGUUUUUCAUUUUAAUUAACCUGUAAGAUUUCUUUAAUAACGUUAUUUUGUUUCA